AUGUCGAUCAGUACUUUCAAUGCACGAAUGCUUGCAUCGGGAGAUCAGGUAAACGCCGGUGGUUUUAACGCCAUGAUUGGCCUCAGAAGAGCGGCUGAAGAGCUCCACAUCGGGACUCAUGAAAUGGAAUGGAAUGAGCAGGAUGAGAAAAAUGGAGAGAGAUGCGAAGUUCAGGAAACGAAGCUCCGUGAUAUUUCCAGCUGGAAUCACUUCGCUUCACUUUCGAGUUUGUGGGAAGAUUCCGUUAGCGACAUCAUCGCUGAAGAACACGGCCGGCUUGUCGAACAUCUUCAUAGUAGUGCCACGAAAGCAGAGGGUCUUGAAGAUGUUGAGAAACGUCUCUCUUCAGAAAUUCUCGAGCUGAUCAGCCAGCGUGGAAUCGCGCGAGCUGCAGGCAGUAACCAGUUAACGUCCGAACUUGCGAAGCUAUGA